AUGUUUAUUUCCAACCUCAUUCCAGUUGCUUUCCAGUGGUUGCCCAGCACGAUUCAGUGGAGUCUCCAGUUGGUGAAUGCGCCACACGCCGCCUGCACGCGCCACAAUGCUCACGUGACACAUACGUCGUUUCCUGGCUCAGCCCCACCAACACGUCAGGUCGUGAGCUCCAAUGUGAACCCCGCCGUCGCAGCCAGCCGCAGUGACACUAGGCAACGUAACAAGCAGCAGCACCACUAUCAUCACGAGCGCCCAGCUGCGGCUUCCCCUUCUCUAGCCAUGUCUCAAUCCCUCCGUCCCUACCUCCAGUGCGUCCGUAGCAGCUUGACGGCCGCCCUGACGCUCUCCAACUUUGCCUCGCAGACGGCCGAGCGACACAAUGUCCCUGAAAUCGAAGCCCAGUCGUCACCCGAGGUUCUCCUAACGCCACUAACGGUUGCGCGCAACGAAAACGAGCGAGUCCUCAUCGAGCCCAGCAUCAACUCCAUCAGAAUAAGCAUCAAGAUCAAGCAGGCCGACGAGAUUGAGCACAUCCUUGUACACAAGUUUACCCGAUUCCUGACGCAACGAGCCGAGUCCUUUUUUAUCCUGCGAAGAAAGCCGAUUAAGGGCUAUGAUAUUUCUUUCUUAAUAACCAACUUCCACACGGACGAGAUGCUGAAGCACAAGCUGGUUGAUUUCAUCAUUCAAUUCAUGGAGGAUGUUGAUAAGGAGAUUUCCGAGAUGAAACUCUUUCUGAACGCCAGAGCGCGUUUUGUGGCAGAGUCUUUCCUAACACCGGUGCGUAUCUAA